GGAGCGCGGAAGCUCGCGGGGUUUGCGUCUCCGGUACGGCAAGGGCGGCCGAAGGGCACCCGGAGAAGGGAGAGCCGCGGGGCUGAUGGCUUCUUCCAGGUCCCUGGCACGCUUCUGGGAGUGGGGCAAGAAUAUCGUCUGCGUGGGGCGCAACUAUGCCGAGCACGCCAAGGAGAUGGGGAACGCGCUGCCGGCCGAGCCCCUCUUCUUCCUCAAGCCCUCUUCGGCUUACCUGCGGGAAGGCUCGCCCAUCCUACGGCCCUACUACUGCAGCGACCUGCACCACGAAGUGGAGCUGGGGGUGGUGAUCGGGAAGAGAACCCAGGCCGUGUCCCAGGAGGCAGCUAUGGAGCACGUGGGCGGCUAUGCCCUGUGCCUGGACAUGACCGCUAGGGACACGCAGAAAGAGUGCAAGAAGAAGGGUUUGCCCUGGACCUUGGCCAAGGCAUUCAGCACAUCGUGCCCGGUCAGUGAAUUUGUGCCCAAGGAGAAGAUCCCAGACCCUCACAAGCUGAAGAUCUGGCUUAAGGUGAACGGACAGUUGAGGCAGGAGGGAGAGACCUCCUCUAUGAUCUUCUCUAUCCCCCACCUGAUCAGCUACAUCAGUGAAAUCGUCACCCUGGAAGAAGGGGAUUUGAUUCUGACAGGAUCUCCCAGUGGAGUUGGGUCUGUGCAAGAAGGUGACGAGAUAGAGGCGGGGAUAGGUGACAUCCUGUCCAUGCGGUUCAAGGUGGCCCAGCAAACGCGCCGGUCCUAACCAGCAUCUGGUCUGGGACCUCUGUCUGCAUAGGAAGAGCCUUUUGGGGAACACUAAGUGGACAGAGAGAUGCACCACACCCACUGUCCUGUGUAUUAAAUUUACAUGGCCUAAGCAUCUCCUGGACUCCUGGUUAUCAAAGCUGUGUAGCUCAUGAAGACCUGUGGCUAAAACAACCCCAUUUCCAUGGAGCUUCAGCCUCCAGAGAGGCUGUAAAGCUGAUGUCAGUCCAGGAGUCCAGCCCAGCCUGGGGUGGCGGAUUAAUACCUAAACUGUACCUUGGAACUUUGUAUUCAGCUGUGCUGGGGAAAUGAAAACAGUAGGAAAUACAGCAACAGGACCGACUGUCACCAUGUGCUCUUCUGUUCUGCUCAUGCUUUGAGCUUUGCCAAUGUACUGUCUUAAAAUAAAAUAAACAUAAGAACUGAAGUAUU